UCUGAUUCUCGGAAGCUGGGAGCCGGACCCGCCCUGGCAAUGGCCGAUUCGGAGCUGCAGCUGGUGGCGCGGCGGAUCCGUAGCUUCCCAGACUUCCCCAUGCCAGGCGUGCUGUUCAGGGACGUUUCGCCUCUCCUGAAGGACCCUGACUCCUUUCGCGCCGCCAUCAGCCUCCUGGCCAGCCACCUCAAGAAGACCCACGGCGGCAAGAUCGACUACAUCGCCACUGUGGACUCUCGGGGCUUCUUAUUCGGCCCCUCCCUGGCCCAGGAACUCGGCCUAGGCUGCGUGCUCAUCCGAAAACGAGGCAAGCUGCCAGGCCCCACCCUAUCCGCUUCAUACACGCUGGAGUACGGGAAGGCUGAGCUGGAGAUCCAGAGAGAUGCCCUGGAGCCGGGCCAGAAGGUGGUGGUAGUGGACGACCUGCUGGCCACUGGUGGAACCAUGAGGGCGGCCUGCGAACUAUUGGACAAGGUGCAGGCCAAGGUGCUGGAAUGUGUAACCCUGGUGGAACUGACCUCACUGAAGGGGCGGGAGCAGCUCGGGGCUGUGCCCUUCUUCUCGCUUCUGCAGUACGAGUGACCCUCGGCCUGGUGACCAGCCCAGACACGCCCCAACCCAGACCAGGACUUGUGGGCUGCUGCCACCAGGGGACACUGGCUGCCCACAGCCUAGGACUUUUUAUAUCUCUUCUGCUGUCCUCCCUCUGCUCCCUUGGCUGGGCCUGGAACCCAUGCCCUGGGGCUGAGCCUGCAGGGGCUGCCACUGCCUCCUUUAUACCUAUGGCUAAACAAAGAGGACAAAAGGACGCUUUGCUAUA